AUGCCCGGAGGCGUUUGUGCCGUCCUCGAUUAUGAGGUCGACAUGAUGGCUGAGUAUGUCGCCGAGAUGGCAACUCGCGUGGUUACCCCCGAGGCCAGCGUCACUUCUCCGUUCCGGAAAUUCGUGUCGCAGAUUCUCACUUCCACUAGACUGCCCAGCACGACCAUCCUUCUUGGAAUGAACUAUCUCGCCAAGAGAAUCAACUCCAUGAAGACUCAGGGUCCCUACAAGGCCUCCGAGGGUCAGGUUUGGCGUUUCCUCACCGUCUCGCUUCUCCUUGGCAGCAAAUUCCUGGACGACAACACCUUCCAGAACCGAUCAUGGUCUGAGGUUAGCGGCAUCCCCGUCUCCGAGCUGAACACUCUGGAGUAUGAUUGGCUUCAGGCCAUGAGCUGGCGACUCUACGUCAACCUUGAUCACAGCAAAGACUAUCAGGCCUGGCUUGACAACUGGCGCGAGUGGCAGCAGAUGAAGAAGCGACAGGCCGUUCAGGCCAACAGAGAGCGUCUGGCUUCGCUGGUCCCUGCCAUCGAUACCGAUCUGGCCAGGUACAACAGCAACCGCUGCUCUCCUCAUUCACGCUACAUCCAGGCUCAAAUCGCAGAGUACGAACGUUACCAGGCUAUGAAGACUCAGCAGCAGACCUACCGCUCGCGCGACUCGUGGUCCAACAACCCUUGGAACGCGCCUCUCACCCCUCCGGACUCUGGCUAUGGUACUCCCGAGUACGCCACGUCGGCAGCUUCUAGCAACGCUCGCUACAAUGAAUGGUUCGCUCAGGCCGCCGCUCAGUACAGCAGCCGCUACCCCCAGCCUCCGGCCCACAAUACGUUUUAUCCCAACCGCUCAACGCCCUACGCAUCCCACUACCCUUACCAGCACCACGGUGUAUGGGAGCAUGGCGUUGCUGAGUGCAGUUGCCCGGGAUGUGUCGAGCCCAUGAAGCAGUCUUCCUAUUUCAUGUCACAUGGAUAUGGCCAGCCUGUCAUGGGUUAA